AUGACAUCCACAGGCUUUAUCUGGGACAGCCAGAUGUUAGAGCACAAAUGCCUCUGGGAUACGGAGCAUCCUGAGCGCCCCGAGCGGAUAACUUCUGUCAUUGCAAGAUGUCAAGAACUAGGCCUCCUCAAUCGCUGUAAAAUCUUAGCACCUCGCAAAGCAACCGAAGCAGAAAUUGCGGCAGUGCAUUCGCCCGCGCAAUUUGGGACGCUUGACAAAAUCUGCUCUAGCAAUAAUAAUAACAUGGGCAAGUUUGAGCAACUGGAAUUGGAAGCAGCCGCCUCAAAGUAUGACUCAGUCUACUUCCAUCCUUCCACUUGCGACUCCGCCCUGCUGGCCUCAGGCUCUGCUAUCGAAUUGACCCAAAAUAUUCUGGAUGACAAAAUUCGGAAUGGGAUGGCUAGCAUUCGACCACCUGGUCAUCAUGCAAUGGAGUCAACAUUCAGUGGCUACUGCUUUUUCAAUAAUGUCGCUAUAGCUGCACGUCAAGCCUUGGCCAGUGGAAGAGCUAAGCGCAUACUGAUUGUUGACUGGGACGUGCAUCACGGACAAGGCACACAACAAUUGUUUUACGACGACCCAAGGGUCUUCUACAUUUCGACACACCGUUACGAGAAUGGACUUUUUUGGCCCAAUUUAAAAGAAUCCAAUUACAACUGGAUCGGGGAUGGGGAGGGAAUUGGCUUCAACUGCAACAUACCACUGAAUAAAAUUGGAAUGGGAAACACUGAGUUCUGGCAUCAAAUCCUUUUGCCUUUGGCAUUCCAAUUUAAUCCUGAUUUGGUACUGAUUUCUGCUGGAUUCGACUCAGCUUUGAACGAUCCAAAAGGCGAGAUGCAGUUGACAUCUCAAUGUUACCCACACCUGUUGUCACCCUUAAUGGGUUUGGCUAAUGGAAGAGUUGCCGUUAUUUUGGAGGGUGGAUACUGCUUGAAUGCCCUUGCCGAAGGAGCGGCCUUAACUCUAAGGACUCUGCUUGGGGACCCUUGCCCCUUGUUGGAGCCAAUUGCAGAUCCAAUGCCAGAAUUGGUUGAGACACUUCUGAACUGCAUGACGGUGCUACAAAGCCACUGGACCUUAGGGUUAGGACUCAAAGAAUCGAAGCAAGGUGCGGACUUAUGCGUCCACGUUCCAACGUUAAGGUAUGACUACGUUCCUGUCCAGCUCGAUAAAUAUCCCACACGGGAUGGGAAUCCUGUGACAUCUUUCGAAGAGUGUUCCCCUCAUGAUGACCGAUUGAACCAGCUGAUUCUAACCACUAAUCUAGCAGUGCCGAGUUCCAAAUUGGGCAUCGCAUUUUCCCAAUCGUUGGAGGACAAUGCACAUCCGGGAUAG